CAUAUUUGGUAAUACGAUCUCAGUGUCUUUGUUCUACAUUUCGGUUUGAUCUGCUUUGAUCGUCUGUGUCAAAUGCGCACUAUGGCAGAGUGUCUAAACACUCUUUGUUUUAUUCUGAUAUUAUUUGUAUGUAGUUCCACGAGUACUUGUCCAAGACGCUGCUUGUGCUAUAGUGCAAGUGAAGGACCCAGUGUUCGUUGUCUCACCAAAGGUUUCAAGACUAUUCCAUCAGUACCCUCGUCUACCGUCGUCUUAGAUCUGAGAUUCAAUUUCAUUCAACGCAUUGGUAGAGAUGAUCUCCAAGGCUUGGCUAACUUGAAAACUUUGCUGUUAGAUGGAAACAAUAUUAGUCGUAUUGAGCCUGGAGCCUUCAGUGGACUUACGAGGUUGAAAUAUCUAUAUUUGAAGCAUAAUAAUCUGAAGUCGCUCAAUUCAGAAACCUUCUUCGGUUUGACCAACUUAAAUCAACUAUAUCUUCACAAUAAUAAAAUAGAAUAUAUUGGCUCGAGGACAUUCCAAGAUCUAAAUUCUUUAGAAAGCUUGUUUUUAUCUAAUAACAAGAUUCGAACUUUACAAAAAGGAACGUUUUCUAGUUUAUCUUCCAAACUGAAAAGAUUACAUUUAGAACGAAAUCCAUUAGAAUGUAGCUGUGAUUUACUUUGGUUAACCCGGUUUCUUAAAAAACUCAAGCCAAACAGCAGGAAAGCAACAUGCUUCAUUUCUCCCGAUCCUGAACGUCACAAGAUCAUCCUACUUACACUUGAAGAUCUUAACUGCAGCGAACCAGAGUUCGUUAAAAUUCCACUUGAUGUCGUCAUUAGUUCCAGACCUCCUAGUCGCGCGUACUUCUAUUGUCAAGCAACUGGUCAUCCAACACCAACAAUCACGUGGUUGAAGAAUCGUGUGCAGUUGGACACAAAUGAACAUUAUGUUGUCCUCAGUGAUGGAACUUUGGAGAUCCACCGGCCGGGCAAGGAGGACGAAGCUACCUAUCAUUGUCUCGCCCGGAACUCCGCUGGACAGAAGGUUUCAGGCGCUCGUUUGAUGUAUUAUGAAGAGGAAGUUGCUCCCAAGUUCAUCGAUAUCCCGGAAGACACCCAGGUGGUGGAGGGUAAUGCACUGAUAUUAAAGUGUUCCUCCGAGGGUAUCCCCAACCCCAAGAUUACCUGGAGUAGAAAUGCUCAUCCUAUAACUCCGUCCCGUCGCGUGAGAAUAUUAAAAUCUGGUAACCUGCAAAUAUCUGAGGCGAGAAGACAUGACCACGGAGAAUAUACAUGCCGAGCUCAGAAUAAAGUCGGUUACAUUACCAGAUCUGCUACGCUUGUCGUUAAAACGACUCCAGUUUUCAGUCUCAAACCUGCUUCAGAAACUGAGGUUGUUGAAGGAACAUCAGCGUCACUCCCAUGUCGUGCUGAUGGCUACCCAACACCUGCUAUGACCUGGUUCAAAGAUGGGACUAGAUUACCCUCUGAGGAACGUCAUGUGAUUUUGACGACUGGAAGUUUGAGGAUAUUACAAGUUCAAGCACGUGAUGAAGGCGUGUACACAUGUCAAGCUAUUAAUGUGAUUGGUGUUAGAACUGCCCGAUCGAGACUUGUCGUGAAGCCUGAAGCGAAGCCUGAGAUAAUGUCAAUCUCUGAACAUGUGUUUGUCAAUGUUGGUGACUCCGCCACCUUAACUUGCGUUGCACAAGGCGAUCCUAUUCCUCAGAUCACGUGGAUCAAAGAUGGUAUUCGCGUGACGAAUGGGAACAGGUUCGUGCUCCAAUCACAAGGUGUACUGAGAAUCAGAGAGAUUGGUAAAAAUGACGAAGGAACCUAUGAAUGUGUCGCAAGAAAUGACGCUGGUUCUGACAUCGACACCGUCAGACUGACAGUUCGAGCUGCGGCGACAGGACCUGGAGACAGAUUCGUCAACUCUUCCAUCUUGCAAGCGAAAGAAAAUAUCGACCGAGCUAUCCAGAAAACGAUACAACGUAUGUUUGCAAAAGCCAGACCCAGUUCCCCUGGUGAUCUACUCGCCUUGUUUCGCUUUCCAAGUAAGCAAGCAAUUGAGAUCGCCCGCGCUGCUGAGGUAUUCGAGAGAACGAUCCAACUGAUCCACGAUAAUGUUGAGAGGCACAAAAUGUUAAACAUUAGUGAAAUAUCUUACAAUUACUAUGAUCUGGUAUCACCUUCCUACCUGGAGAUGAUCGCUAACCUAUCUGGAUGUACCCAACACAGACGAAUGGUAAACUGCACCCAGAACCUGUGCUACCAUAAGAAAUACCGAACCAUUGAUGGUACCUGCAAUAACCUGGACAAUCCAAUGUGGGGAUCUUCACUGACCGCAUUUAGGAGACUUCUUAGACCAGUGUAUGAGAAUGGAUUCAACACACCAAUGGGCUGGCGUAACAAAGAUGUUCUACCCAGCGCUCGUUUGAUAUCAACCCAGGUUAUUUCAGCUGCUAAAAACGCACCAGAUGAAGCAUUCACUCACAUGCUGAUGCAAUGGGGACAGUUUUUAGAUCAUGAUUUAGACUUUACUGUCACAAGUCCGAGCAGCCAGAGUUUCACAGACGGCGAAAACUGUACAAGCACUUGUGAAAACCAGUCUCCUUGUUUUCCAAUCUCGAUCCCAGCCAACGACACGCGUAUUAAACGACACAAGUGUAUGACGUUCACUCGUUCUAGCUCGGCCUGUGGUACUGGUGCGACCUCGGUGUUUUUCAGCGUUGUAUCAACACGUGAACAAAUGAAUCAAAUCACGUCCUACCUGGAUGCCUCGAACGUGUACGGUUCGUCACGUGAUGAAGUAGAACAUCUGCGAGAUCUUUCAAACGAUAAUGGCUUACUGAAAACUGGAAUGGAUAAAAAUGGCAAACCUUUGCUACCGUUUAACGAUGGUUCGCCGAUCGAGUGUUUGAAAUCUGAGAAAGAGAGCCCAAUCCCAUGCUUCCUUGCGGGUGAUCACCGCGCCAACGAGCAACUUGGUCUGCUGUCUAUGCACACCAUAUGGAUGCGCGAACACAACAGGAUUGCGAAACAACUGCGCGUCUUGAAUCCAAAUUGGAACGGCGAGAAAAUUUUUCAGGAAACUCGAAAAAUUGUGGGCGCCGAGAUGCAGCACAUAACAUACGCACAUUACUUACCCAAGAUUCUAGGAAAAUACGGCAUGGAUAUUCUAGGAAAAUACGAAGGAUAUAAACCAGAUACAGAUGCAAGUAUAUUUAAUGCGUUUGCAACGGCUGCGUUUAGGGUUGGACAUUCUAUGAUAAGACCGGUACUGGAUCGUGUGAAUUCAUCGUUUCAAAUGAUAGAAGAAGGGCAUAUUCCAUUACACAAAGCAUUUUUUGCCCCGUACAGAAUUGUGGAGGAAGGAGGCAUUGAUCCACUUAUACGUGGCUUGUUCUUCAGCCCGGCAAGGGACAGACGAGAUCAAGAUGGCGUACUAAAUAUGGAACUUACAGAAAAAUUGUUUGAAAUGGCGCAUACGGUUGCCCUUGACCUUGGUGCGAUAAAUAUCCAGAGAUCACGUGACCAUGGCUUGCCCAGUUAUAACGAAUGGCGCGUAUUGUGUGAUCUUGAACCUUUGAAAACAUUUGAAGACCUAAAGAGCGUGAUAUCAAAUAACGAUAUUAUUAAAAAGUUAAAAGAUCUUUAUCUUGACGUGAAUAAGAUUGAACUUUGGGUCGCUGGGAUAUUGGAGGAUAUCAUUCCCGGCAGUCUAUUGGGUCCUACGCUCCAGUGUCUCAUUGCAACACAAUUCAAAAAUCUCAGAGAUGGGGACAGGUUUUGGUAUGAAUAUGAUGGUGUGUUUGAGCCAGCGCAAUUAACACAGAUCAAGCGGGUAACAUUGGCUCGGGUACUUUGUGAUAAUGGUGAUAAUAUAACCCAGGCUCAGCCUGAUGUGUUUUUACGAGUGAAUCAUAUCUCUGGUUAUACGUCUUGUUCAUCUAAACCAAGUAUUGAUCUGCGGUUAUGGAAGGAAUGUUGUUCAGAAAACUGCUACAGUACUGAUCAGAGCUUCACGUUGUCACGCAGUAUAAGCGAUGCUAAAAGACGAAAAAGAUCGUCAGAUUUUGACGUGGAAGUAUUUAAGGAUGAAAUAGAUCGUUUUUCUGCCACGGUUGACGAACUUCAGACCCAGGUUUUCUCGCAACAAAAAACGCUUCGAGAUAUCAUGGACAAGGUGCAAAACUUAGAGAAAAAACAUGAACCAACAGUUUGUGUAGAUGACUUGGGAAAAGAACGUAAACUUCAUGAAUCAUGGCAGGUUUCCGCAUGUAAGACUUGUGUCUGCAAGGAAUUAACAACCGAAUGUGAAACUAAAAUUUGCCCCGAGAACAAGUGUGACAAUCCACAAAUAUCAGAAGACCAAUGCUGCCCCGUCUGUUAGUUAUGUUUCUUAGAAAUCUCUGACAAUAUCCUGGAAAUUUUCGGGAGAAUUUUAUGUAUUUAAUACGUUCUCAAUGUUGGUAUUUCGUAAGAGAUCUGGAUGACACGGCCACAUAGAUGGAAGAUAGAUGUAAAUUGCUUUGGAAUUUGUUUCUAUAGAUUUUAAAACACAUGUAUUUGAAAAACUUAUGAAAACUUUUCUAUUUAGUGUC